UCGCGGUCACGCACAGGGGAAAUCAAAAUUGGAGGAAAAACUCUUCAACGUCUUCGCGCUGCGGCCGCGAUGGUGGAGGCAGAAGCUUGUGAACAGUUUCAGGACUUGUAAUUUCUCAACUGAAACGAACCGAGUGCGAGCUCACGAUGGAAGCUUUCACUGCGACGAAGCUCUCGCCUGCUUCAUGAUUCGUCAGUAAAUCCUCUAACGCUCAAAUCACGCGUAACCAGAGAUCCUCAGGUUCCCUUCCCCAACUAUUUUAACCUUGUUUUCUUGCUAAGUAAUGAGAUUCGAUUCGACAUAGUUUCUGAAGUCUUCGAUUCACAAAUCAUAUUCCUCUAAUUAGUGUUUGUUUAUUCGAAAAUGUGCAAAAAUAAUGGAAAUAACUACCUAAGUUUCUCUUUCUUAGCAUUCAUCGGUCCGUGUUUGGUUCCUAAAUAGUGUCAGAAAGCAUUAGGAGAGUAUCGUAUUUGUAUGUAGUAUCGCGCGAGACGUGAUAAAACGCAAUUAAAGCUUCUACCCAGUUCAGUGAAGAAGUAAAUCGAAAAUGUCUCCAUAUUUUGUACCCUCAAUUUCGUUUAGCAACCAAACAACGUUUCUUUUUAUUCUUGUCUUGAUGAAUUUCUUUGGUUUCGAGGAGUGGUGUUUACGGUAUUGGACACACUUGACGCGGUGCUUGAUGUCGGAGGCGUGUAUCAUCCGAGAAGAGAUCGUUAUGACCAUCUUCUAGGAUUUCAGGAAGCUCCUGAGCAUGGCUUCGCCACUAAACUUAGAAGUGCUGGUAUUGUCUAUAAGGUACCCCUGUAACUAUUACUAUUACCAUAAACAUGGACAUGUACUCUGUUUUUCUUCUGAUCUCUGUCUGCAAGUUAUCAUUUACUUUCCAUAAGCGUGGCUUGUAAGAGUAAGCAAAAAUGGUUACGUUGUUUUUCUUUCUUUUAAGACAAAAACCUUUAUGGACCACAAAUUUCGUGCUAAUGGGCAUUGGAAUUCAUCAUAUAGUCUUAUUUUGUGUUGGUUUCACCUCAUUUCGUUUUUGAAGCAAGAUGGCAGAGCAUCCAGAAGGAGACAUUUUGUAUUCUCCCAUUUUUGGUUCAUAAUAAUUUGAUUCCUCUUUGUUUUUCCAACUACCAAGAACAUGUUUCUCAAGGUUAGCGAGAAGCUUCUUCAGUUUAAACUUUAAAGUUUAAAAUGAGGGCUGUGUUGUCAAAUCAAAAUUGUUACAACCUUUGUGCAUAUGUGGAGAAAGUUGAUUCCGUCUCGCUUGUUUAUUCUUUUAUUUUUGUUUGUGGAGUGAGUUGGUUUUGUCUUCUUUCUUUUUUGUAAAUAGACAGGUUUGAGUAUAAUUUAUAUUAUGUUGUUGUUAACUUGAAUCUGAUGGCGAAAUCUCUUUUCAAUAACACUAUGGAAAAGAGAUCAUUGGAAAGGAGCUUCGGCUUCGUGAGGGAAACCCAGACGUACGUUGUUUAUUUAUUGCCAUUUAUAAGAACUUUAUGGAGGUAACAUAUACUGCAUAUUGUUCAUCCUUAUAGGUUUCGAAAAUCUUGAUUUUGUAUUGUCCUUGAGUUUUCAUCAAUACUUCAUUAUAUGUUUGUCAAGUGGCAUGCUGAUAUGUUAGACUUCUAUCCUUAUCGGAGAUUCUGGAUGUUUUAAAUCAUAUAGCGAGAAAUGUGAUUCUAUCUAAUUUGGGUUGUAUGACAUGUACAAUAUUGUGUGAACCUCGAUCAAUGUUUGUCAUCUUAUACAAACUUGACGAACUGCCUGUCUAUGAUUACCUUUGUUGGAUAUACAUGAUGGAACCUGAAUCAUUCGCCCAACAAUUUUUUUUUUCUGAGUUGGUAGCAUGUGAGAUGACUUAUACCUUCUGCUGAUGGCACAUAAAGACUUCCUGGAAGUGUUUCGAAAGCAGUCUUCUUAGUCUUGUGGUUCUCUUAUGUUGCUGGCAUGUCAUGUUUGUGGUCCUUCUUUUGGUGUUGAUGUUUGCAUGCACUGGACUUAUUCUGGGGGAUGCUGGUAAUCAUUGUAUUUGUGGCAUUCGUUGGCAAUUGGCAUAGCAAAAGACUAAUGCUGAUGAGUGAAGUGUGCAGUUUGGCGGGGAUUAACUACAGCGAUAUCUAUUGCAUCUCUAUUAGUCUUGAUGAAUUACAGACUGUUUGGUUGAAUGACUACUUUGGUACAAUGCCAUAAUAUCUACAUUUUUUAGGAGAGGAUGUGGCGGCAAGUAACCUCUGAACAAUGCUUUCUCUAUGGAGUACGGGUUAAGUGGCAGGGGUUCAAAACCUGUCACUCCCCCUUGUGCAAUAAGGGGAAGAAAAAGUAACAGUGCUCCUACAAGAUGUUUUAUUGUCAACCAGUUACAACUGAUUUUUAAGGUUUUGUUGCAGUACAUUGGAUUUUGCAGCGCCCUUGGAUAGUGUGUGAAGACGAUCUUUGGCUUAGAGAGUUAGAGGUCUAACUGUGAAGCAGAAUGUAUUGUGUAAAGUAGUUUUGAAGAGGAAAUCAGUGGUGAGGUUUGCAGGUUGGGAUGCAAGGAGAAUAGUGAAGAUGGAUCUUGUCUGAAUGAAAUAAGAAGAGCCAUAUUUUGGUGACUUGGCCAUCUCAUCUCAGAUUGGAUUCCUUUUCAUGUUGCUGCUUAGCGAUAAAGUUGAUGAUAUAAUGGGCUAUCUCUUCUCAGGUUGAAACCAUUUGGGUCUCACGUCACUCAAUCAUCUCAUAGUGACCAGCUGGAGACUGGUUGCAGGGUCCUUAUGUCUAUUACCUUUACAGUACAUAUGGCUAUGGAAAAGGAGAGAUUGGACAGCUUUUUAUAGCUGGUUUUGGGUCUUCCAUGUUGUUUGGGACUAUUGUUGGUUCUCUUGCUGACAAACAGGGCCGAAAGAGGGCUUGUGUGGCAUACUGCAUUACUUAUAUACUGAGUUGCAUCACGAAACAUUCUCCUCAGUAUAAAAUUUUGAUGCUAGGCCGUGUUUUGGGAGGUAUCGCCACUUCUCUCCUGUUUUCAGCAUUUGAGUCAUGGCUUGUUGCAGAACACAAUAAGAGGGGCUUUGACCAACAAUGGUUAUCACUAACUUUCUCGAAAGCAAUAUUUCUUGGCAAUGGUCUUAUUGCUAUUGUGGCUGGGUUGCUUGGAAAUUUACUUGUUGACACAAUUGCUCUUGGUCCUGUGGCUCCCUUUGAUGCUGCUGCAUGCUUCCUUGCAAUUGGUAUGGCUAUUAUUUUAUCAUCAUGGACAGAGAACUAUGGUGACUCUUCAGAGAGCAAGGACUUGCUUACCCAGUUCAAGGGUGCUGCGGUGGCAAUUGCUUCUGAUGAAAAAAUUGCAUUGCUGGGUGCCAUCCAGUCUCUGUUUGAAGGCUCCAUGUAUACCUUUGUAUUCCUCUGGACACCUGCUUUGAGCCCAAACGAUGAGGAAAUUCCCCAUGGUUUUAUUUUUGCAACAUUUAUGUUGGCUUCUAUGUUGGGAAGCUCUCUUGCAUCUCGUUUGAUGGCCCGCCCAUCAUCCUCCAGAGUGGAUAGCUAUAUGCAGAUUGUUUUUAUUGUCUCUUCAGUUUCACUUCUCCUUCCCAUUGUAACUAAUUUCUUGGUGUCGCCUUCUAACGUGAAAGGAGGAAGCAUCUCAUUUUCUGGUUGUAUCCAGCUUCUUGGAUUUUGUACUUUUGAAGCUUGCGUAGGAAUAUUCUGGCCAUCCAUUAUGAAGAUGAGGUCCCAGUAUAUUCCUGAGGAGGCCAGAAGUACCAUCAUGAACUUCUUCCGCAUCCCUCUGAAUAUAUUUGUGUGCAUUGUGCUUUACAAUGUUGACGCAUUCCCUAUUACCGUCAUGUUCGGUAUGUGCUCGAUUUUCCUCUUUGUGGCAUCUAUCUUGCAGAGGCGGCUCUUGGUUAUUGCAGAUAAGCCAAAGACACAAGAAUGGACAGCAAUGAAAGAGCACAAUACCGAAGCAGAGCUCCUAAACAUAUAAUUGAAGUUGAGCUGACGGUCCAGGAAAUUUUAGCAGGUUGAAGGCAACCAACAAAUCAUUCCUUCAGCUAUUGCAGUUUUUAUUUCAUUCGAUGAUAUGCUAAGUUUGAUACCGAAGCAUAAAAGUUAGUAGACUCAGAGAGCCGGUGGAGGAAAAAAGAAAGUUGCAUAAGAUCUUAAAACCGUCAUCAGUUAUUCUGACAUUGGCACAAUUUAAGAAUUACUUAAUAUUUUUUUUUUCUGGUCAUCAUUGUAUGAAAUAAUUCAUAUUUUAAUUCUUUUGGAAGAUGGGUUUAUACUUGUAUCAAUGAGUUCAA